AUGUGGACAGUGGACCGGUCUCGCUGCUGCGGACAGUGGACCGGUCUCGCUGCUGCUGACAGUGGACCAGUCUUGCUGCCGCGGACAGUGGACCGGUCUCGCUGCCGCGGACAGUGGACCAGUCUUGCUGCCGCGGACAGUGGACCGGUCUCGCUGCUGCUGACAGUGGACCAGUCUUGCUGCCGCGGACAGUGGACCGGUCUCGCUGCCGCGGACAGUGGACCAGUCUUGCUGCCGCGGACAGUGGACCGGUCUCGCUGCCGCGGACAGUGGACCGGUCUCGCUGCUGCUGACAGUGGACCAGUCUUGCUGCCGCGGACAGUGGACCGGUUUCGCUGCUGA